GUGUUUUCAGAGAGGAUCUGAUCAUCUUCGAUUCUGCAUGUCUGGAACAUAAUGCUGAUUGUCAUAUCAAAGGUAAAUAUAUGAAAAUGUACGGACAGAUCACGUUGUUGAUAGAAAAGGUUGCAGACAGAUUAGUUCUUUAUAAAGCAAAUGCCCUUUACACGGAGGCUGCCAGAUCUCCAGCAGAUACAAUCGGCUAAGUUAUACAAGAAUGCCAGGGAAAGUGUCAAAAAGAUUUCCAUUUUAAAGAAGCACUAUGCAACAAUUUUAGCAAAAAUGACUUUAAUUAUGCAGGUUGAGAGUCGUUCUGAUGGUUCUACUUUCUGGGUCGUUUGGUGAGUGCGACUAACUUUCUGUACCCGGUCCGGGUACAUCCGGAUGUGACUCAGUGGAAGUAUCCAAUCGCGCCUCGAAAAUGUAGUCAGAUUGUAGUUUCGAAAAUGCUUUACGGCAGACACACAAACAUGGGACCAGCUAGAUAAACAGCCAGUUGCAAGGCAAUUGUUGCAUUCAUGAUGGAUCAGUCAACAAAGAGACCCAAGAGGCGACUGUCGGAAGAACAGAAGAAGAAGAAAAGGGAGCUUGACAAAAAAAGAGACCAGACACGAGUGAACAUAGGGCAAGCUUUUGAAGAAUGGCGCCAAGUGAGAGACUCUGAAGACUGCAAAACGGACGCUGACUUGGCUUUGUUGCUAUUGAAAUUCCAUGUUCGUGCAGGCGAGGUCGUCGUGCAGUUGGAAUGCCUGCUGCAGCUGUUCCAGAGGUGCUUUGAGUGCUGCAGCAUAUGCAGCAUCCGUAAGAGUCGUGAGGGAAGGUUCCUCAACGUGACGCAGAAGUGCCAGCAGUGUCAAGCCAGCAGAAAGUGGAGAAGCCAUCCACCUGAACAGAUCAUCAGAGACCCAACAAGCAACCAGGAGGUUGUUGAAGAGACAGUGCUGUUGUCUUUUGGGGACUCGGACUCUGAAUCUGACGAAGAAGUCAAAGAUUACAACCUAUUAAGCCAGGAAGAGGAAGAUCAAAUCAACCAAUCAGAGGAAGAUCUAAUGAGCCAAUCAGAGGAAGAAGUCAAAGGUCACCACCCACCAAACCAGACAUUUGUGGGUGAAGGGUGUCUUGCUGAAACCUCAGAUGAUUUGGGCCAUACAAGGACAGAAAAGGUAAAUAAUUCAGUUAUCCACACACCUGGUGCCUCGAACAACAGGUUACAUGACCAAGAGGAAGAUGACAAAAACGACAGCCAUUCCUCUGUGUCUUGGGAAGUGACGAUUGUUGACAGAAUGGAAGAAGAAAAGUCUGAAGUUCAGGAACCAAAAGAAGAAAUGGAACAUGAGGAUGAAGUAGCUGAUGUAGAAGAAGACUUGGAAAGGCAGGACAGUGUUGAUGAUGAUUGGUAUCCGAACUGUGAGGACGUGGAGCAGUCCUCAGCAUCUGAAGAUAAGGAUUCUGAUGCUGAAUUUGUUCCUAGACCGUGUAGGAAGUCAAAGCGUGAAUUAAAUUCCGAUCCAUAUGCAGAACCCAUCCUGCCUCUGGUUUGGUGCUCUCUCUGUGGGUCCAGGUUUAAACACACCUGCUUCAGACAGCGCCACAGUCGACUCUAUGGCUGUCUCCAGUGUGGCAUUAAAACCAAGAAGAUGGACACUAGUGGUGGCAACAAAGAGGAUACCCCCACUAACAACCAGGAAACCAACAACAGUUGCAACCAGGAUUCUUUUACCAGUAGCAACCAGGAAACCGUAAGAUGUGAAAACCAGGACACCUGCAGUAACCAGGGAACCAUCAGAUGUGAUGAGCAGAACAUUUCUAAUGGUGACAACCAAGGACCUGACUCUGGAUCAAGACAAUGGACAGCAACUGAUGGUAACCAAAGUGGUAGUGGAAGCAGUCAAGGGAUGACUACUAGUAGCUGCACCCAUGAGACCUCCUGUUGUAAAGUUAGAAGUCCAGGGAUUAGAUACAUUGACAUCCAAGGAUUAGAUUAUAUUGGCCACCAAGUGGCAAACAAAAAUGCCCACGAGGAGUCCUUUAGCCUGAACACUGAAACAUUUCCAGAUGGAGGCCAUUCUCAGGCAGUGCACAUUGAGGACCUGGCUGUCCACUUCAAAAGUCUAAGUGACUUCCAAAAUCAUGCUCUAAAAUGCCACGGUAUUAGGCCCCUUCGCACGCUCUGUGUGGACUGUGGUAAGUUCCUCACCAUGGUGAACCUAGUUGACGGUGGACCCCGUCACAUCUGUGAACACAAAGUUAAACCCAUCGUCUGUCCCAGCUGUGGCAAAAGGUUUGCCACUGAGGUUGGACUCCAAACACACAACGAUCGAAUCCACAGUGAGAAGUACAGCCUCACCUGUCGCUACUGCCUCGAGGCUUUUAAGUCACCUGAAGACAAAGAGGAGCAUGAGAAGAGCCAUGAAGCUGAGGUGCUGAAGUACCACUGCCCUGACUGCUCGCUGCGCUUUUCAGACCGCCCCAGUUGGUGUGCCCACAGGAAGAGCCAUUGGCCCAAUGGGAAGCACAUCUGUGAGGUCUGUAAUAAGGGCUUCCGCUUUGCUGUUGCACUCAUCAGACACAUGGCCAUCCACACAGGACAGAAGCCCUACAGCUGUAAGCUGUGCGACCGCUCCUUCAACCAACCAGGCCAUCUCAAGUCCCACAUGCGUCUCCACACAGGCGAGAGACCCUUCAAGUGCCAGGACUGUGGGCAGUGCUUCAACCACAACGUCAGCCUCAAGAACCACAUCCAGCGCCACCACGGACCCGGAGCUGAUAAAAGGAACAGCGGAAAAGGAGGAAAAGAUGGAAUUAGAAGGAAAAAAAAACAGUUGAGAUUUUCAAUGCUUGCGAGAUGUUCAGGACAAUACAGAGAAGUUUGAGGAAAGGCUGGCAUAUUUCUUCUGAGUUGUACACCUGUUCAAGAUGUUCCAGGGAGAAAUGAAAGGGUGGCGCUGUCUGGAGUUUUGCCAAGAGAUCUACUGUGUAGCUUAAACUCUGUAGAAGUUGGCAAUCCAUGUUGUGUUUGUAUGCAAGGCCAGAAGACUGUGCAGUUCCCUUCAUAGGGUGAUUUGGACUGAGAAUUGCAGCACAGUGUUCAGAGAGGAUGGUUAUGACAAAGGCUCGGGGUGGGAGACCACUGUUAAUCAUGAAAAUACUAGUUUUGUAUUUCAAAUAAUUUUUUCAGUAAAAAUACAUAUUUUCUAAUUUCAACUGUUAAGCUCUCUGUUAGGCUGUUCUCAUUGGCUGUUCUCAUUCUCUGUUCCUGGGAGGUAAUAUUUGCAAUGCAACUUGCCUGCAGUUACCAAUUGCUAUGGAUUCUUUAUCAGGGCUGGCAAGUUUAGUUUUUGAAAUGAAAUGGGUCAUAAAUGAAGUUACGUUUGGACCUAGCACUGAUUUAGCUAGAGGACUGAACAGUUGUGAAUUUUCAGUUUCCAUUGAUCAAGAUCAAGAUGGUUAAUAGGCCUAAAGACUAAAUAACAGGAAUUCAUUCAUUAUUAGUUUUUUUUUUUUUUUUUUUUCAAUUGCUAAAAUACAAUUUCUGAAACUUUGCUCUAUUUUUUUUAAAACGGUAAACACAAAACCUCAUCUUCAAGCACGAUUUAGAAAACCUCUAAAUCAAAAUCUAACUUUCGUCUCAAAACAGUUUUAUCUGUGCUCAAAAUCCAACUUUAGCCUCAAAACAGAUUUACCUCUGCAUGAGUGUAUAUCAUUUUGAUCGCCUUGUUUAUGAUUUUGAGCAAUCAGUAAACAAUACACCAAAAAAUAGAAAACACAUUGUUCAAACCAUAUAGUUCUCAGGGAGAAGUCCAUUUUUAAUCUCAAAACAAAUUUCAAAUUUUUCAGUCAUUGUGUUUUGAUUAUAGGUUUUGAUGAACAAAAACUAUAUAGUAUCUUCUAGUUCUAUCAUAGUAGCUCAAAAUUUAUCAGAAAUUAUAACUUUGCUUUGCACUUUAAAUGUUUUUUUUUUUGUUCUUCCUCCUCGUACCCCACCGCUCGAUGGUGUUUUAUGCCUCCAACGUUGUCUUCCAGGCAGUGCUGGCUCCGUCGACUUAAAGGCACCUUAUCCUAAACCUAACCCUAACCUUAACCCAUGCCUAACCAUAGCGCCUUCCAGGCAGCACUGCCUUGAAGACGAUGUUGGGGGCAUAGAACACGAAGAAACUCCCCCGACCUGGCAUACACACUCGUCCUCACAUAGUUUCUUCUAUCCUUUCUCAGACCUUCUCAUUUCAUUUUCAAUCAAUUUCAAUUUCAAUCAAUUUUGAGUGGUUGUGUUUAAUUAAUGACAUGUCUACUCUAUUUGUAUUUAAUUGUUGCUGCUUGUUUUUACCAGUAUGGAUGACCUGUGCAUUAGAGUGCAGAAUGUGUUUUGAUCUGCAAAUUGUCAGGUGUCCUUGACAGAUAUUUUUCCCAAGCAAAGAUCUGUGGAGGAGGGAAAAAUGUGUGCGUAUUUGUAUUCUUACAACACUUUUUUUUUUUGCUAAUUGCCUAUGGAGUGUGUGGAAAGUGUCUUGAGAGUUGUAGGCUAAAAUACAUCAGUGUAGUCUUCAGGGAGUGAAUGUUCAAUAUUCUAAACACCAAACCAAUUAAGACAUUCUUUUAGAACAACCCAUGAACACCCCCUGCCCCCAGGAAAUUAAAGAAGAAAUUUUCAGAAUUAUGGAUGGAGAAACCGUAAACUCAAAUAAAGACCACCUGAUACAA